AUGGUUUGUGUGGUUGGUUCUCAGGUGGAGCACAGAGACGGCGUUCUCCUUCGAUCUCUCCAGAGCUCCAGCAUCUUCACGUCUCUCGUCUCAGACGACAACCUCAUCGUCUCUAAUGUCUCAGCGUCCGCAGGAGUCCUGUCUGUGUGGUCAUGGGCCGCGCCGGAGUCCUUCCUCAACAACAAGGGCUGCGCACACAACACCACGGGGCCUCACUGUGAUCAGUGUCUGCCAGGUUUCUAUGGUGACGCCAACGAAGGAACGCCAGACGACUGCCAGAGAUGCUCCUGCCCACUGACACUGGCGUCUAACAAUUUUAGCCCCACGUGUGUGCUGCAGCGUGCCGGUGAGUUCACCUGUGAUCAGUGCCAGCUGGGAUACGCCGGAGCCAAGUGUGAGAGGUGUGCUGACGGUUACUAUGGCGACCCCGCGGAGCCGGGCCAGCGGUGUUUGGCGUGUGAGUGUAACGGUAACGUGGAUCCGGCUGAAGCGGGUCACUGCGACGGACGCAGCGGAGAGUGUCUGAAGUGUUUGGGUCACACGGCGGGUCUGCACUGCGAGCGCUGCGCCGACGGCUUCUACGGAGACGCCGUGACCCUCAAAAACUGCCAGGCCUGCGGUUGCCAUGGUGACGGCUCUCUGUCCACCGUGUGUCACGUGAUCACGGGUCAGUGUGAGUGUAAGGCUCACGUGAUCGGACAAACCUGCGGCCGCUGUCAGGCGGGUUAUUACGGCAUCAGCAGCGGCAAUGGCUGCAGACUGUGUGAAUGUAACCAAUCAGGCGCUCUGUCUGCGUCAUGUGACGAGGAGGGGCGGUGCCAGUGCAUCACCGGGGUGACGGGUGAUAAAUGUGAUCGCUGUGAGCGCGGAUACUACAGCUUCACCGAGAGCGGAUGCACACGUAAGGACAGCAGACACGUGUUAAUGUUCAUGACAUGCACUGAUGCACAAUGA